AUGUUUCCUGGAUUAUGCGCUUGGUUCUCUGUUUCGUGUGAUGAUAGGAUACGAAACUUAUGGGAAAUACACGGAGGAGUUGUUACAGAUGCGGAUACUGCUUAUUUUUUGUUUAGUGACGACGCCAGUUCUCCAGACACGAUUCUUCUUCACGAAUCCGAAGCCUACGCCAAACACGAGCUGGUCGUAUUUAAAUCAGAGUGGAUUGAGCACGUAAUUCAUGCAGGGAGUCGACAUUUAGUGAGUCCUGGACCAUUCGUACUUUCACCGCGUGAAUACGAGCCGCUGAUUGGUCGGUUACUUGACAGACUUGAUAGACAUUGUAGAAAGAGAGUUGCUGCGACUGUGAGUGAUGUGAGAGGCAAACCCGACAGAGAUGAAGGAUUGAUGAGAUUUGAGUUGACACACAAGACAAAGACAGUAACACUUGCUGAGUUUCGUCGUUUAAAAUAUGGUACAGCCGAUUGUUUAGACAGCAACACAGUGACAUGUCAUUCCGACAGGAAUACUCAGUUGAAUGAUUGUCAAGCGUCUAGACAUUCUGAUGCAGAUGACAGUAAUGCUUCGAUUCCGGACCAAAGUGAAGGAGCAACGCCGGUUGUUUUGGAGCAAACAGGCCGUGUUAGUGACACUGACGCCAUGCAAUCGGAGUCAAGACCCUAUGAGAGUAUUAAUGACCAAGAGACAGUCAAUGAUCAAGAGAGAGUUAGUGAUCAAGAGAUUGUCGAUGACCAAGAGUCUGAGACAGUCAAUGAUCAAGAGAGUCUGAGAGUUAGUGAUCAAGAGACAGUCGAUGGUCAAGAGAGAGUCAGUGAUCAAGAGACAGCCAAUGAUCAAGAGACAGCCGAUGAUCAAGAGACAGCCAAUGAUCAAGAAAUAGUUAGUGAUGAAGAGAUAGUCAGUGAUCAAGAGAGAGUCAAUGAUCAAGAGAGAGUCAGUGAUCAAGAGGUAGUCGAUGACCAAGAGACAGUCAAUGAUCAAGAGAGAGUCAGUGAUCAUGAGACUGUCGAUGAUCAAGAGAGAGUUUGUGAUCAAGAGACAGUUGAUGGUCAAGAGAUAGUCAGUGAUCAAGAGAUAGUCAUUGAUCAAGAGGUAGUCCAUGACCAAGAGACAGUCAAUGAUCAAGAGAUAGCCAAUGAUCAAGAGAUAGUCAGUGAUGAAGAGAUAGUCAGUGACCAAGAGACAGCCAAUGAUCAAGAGAGAGACAAUGAUCAAGAGGCAGUCAACAUAAUGCAUCUCUCAGGUGUUACACAUAUCGACAGUUUGACAUUACCGACAGGAAUGAAAAUGAUGGACUUCAUACCUUCAUUGGGAGGCUGUUAUGUGACGUUGAAAUAAAGCACGUCCAACUACAUGACGUGCCUUGUUGUUAUGCAUGUUGCAUGUGCAUGAUUUAGACAUUUAAAUUUAGUUAAGUACGUGAUUACUGUUUGAGCAUAUUCAACCAACAGCAGUAUUGUGA